GUACUAUCUCCAAAAAAUCCAAAGUGUUUAAUAUCGAGAAUCUCCCCAAAAAACUAUCAAAAUCCAGAGAGCGAUAUACACAAGAACAUAAAAACAAGAAAAUAAAAAGGCAAAUAUACAGUAUAUAGUAUGGCUUGUGCCCACAGAGUAAUGAUGUCAGUUUUCCCUUUGUUCUAGAACACUUCUCCCUCUCCCCUCUAAAGAUAAAGGCAAAAAACCUCAAUUCAGGCGCAUGUCGAUUUUUUCUAUGUUUCUUUGUCUUGAUGAAUCAUGAGUCCUUUCUCCCAAAUCCUGCUCCUUCUAGAAGCUUUGGGGUUAACCUCUCAUUCCAUACAAUAAUAUCUACAUCAGAAAGAAAGAAAGAAAAAAGUUGCAUUAUUUCAUCCCAAAAAGAGAAAAGGGCCCUAUUCACCUUUUCCGGUGUAUAUAUAGGAAACAAUCUUGAAUUCUUGUUUCAUUAGAGUUCUCUUACAAUGGAUUCGGAUCUUAUUCCGGCUCUCCCUGCUGAUUUGGGUCUGGACUGUCUCAUCCGAGUUCCCCACAACGACUUGUCUUCUGUUGUAUCAGUCUGCCGGAGCUGGAACCGGGAGAUUCGGCUGCCGGAGUUCUGGCGCCGCCGCAAGCUCUCCGGCCUCACCCGGAGAGUCGUCGUCAUGGCACAGGCUCGAUUCGACCCUACCCAAGAGUUUGGCGCCCGCAAAUUUGCGGCCGUCCCGGCUUACCGUUUGACGCUCUGCGAACCGGAAACGGGUUUCUGGGCCGAGCUUCCGCCCAUUCCGGGUUGCCCCGACGGCUUGCCGAUGUACUGCCAGCUGGUCGGGGUCGGGUUGAACCUGGUGGUGAUGGGCGGGUGGGACCCGGAGACGUGGCGGGCCUCUGCCGCCGUCUACAUCUACGACUUCGUCGGCGCCACAUGGCGGCGCGGGGCCGACAUGCCAGGCGGCGAACGGCUCUUCUUCGCGUGCGCGUCGGACGGCGCCGGAAUGGUGUUCGUUGCCGGCGGGCACGACAGCGAGAAGUGCGCGCUGAGGUCCUCGCUGGCGUAUGACGUGGCGGGUGACGCGUGGCAGGCCAUGCCCGACAUGGCGGGCGAGCGGGACGAGGCGAAGGGGGUGUGCCACGGUGGCGCCUUCCACGUCAUCGGCGGCUACCCGACAAACAUGCAGGGCAGGUUCGAGGCGAGCGCCGAGUCGUUCGACGUCGCCACGUGGCGGUGGGGUCCGGUCAAGGAGGGCUUCUUGGAGUCCGCCACGUGCCCGAGGAACUACGUGGACGGCGGGGAGGGGAGGCUGCUGACUUGUAGGGAUGCGGACGUGGUGGCGUGCGAGGGAUCCACGUGGCGGGUGGUGGCUGAGCUGCCGUGCCACGUCAGGAACACGGCGUACGUGACGGCGUGGCCGGGGAAGGUGGUGGUGAUCGGGUCGGAGAGAUUUGGGGAGCCCUACAAUGCAUUUGUGUUGGACUUGAAGAGUUGUAAGUGGGAAAGAGUGGAGGCAGAGGAGGAAUUCAAAGGCCAUGUUCAAUCAGGAUGUUGUGUGGAAUUAUAGAAUACUGUUAUAAUUUGUUAAUUUUUUUGUCCCAUUUUACAGUUUCAACUCAAAAUGCUAGAAAUGAUUCUUCUACAUCAUCAGUUGUGUUGCUCCCUUUGAUCAACCCUAAUUAUUGUAUAUACAAUAUUACCUACAAUCACAUUUUCUAUUAGGUUUAAAAUUAGUAGUAUGAUAUCGAUUAUUAUAUAUUUA